AUGGGCCGUCUCUCGUCUCUCGUAGACUCUACUUCAAGAGACGCAGAAUGGCUACCUAGGUGCACCGCAUCAAGGAACUGCUGCCCGGGACGUAGGAAGAGAGCCUCCGGAUCGCAUUCAACGCGCUCUCGUUCCGGUGCAUGUCAGCAUCUGUACGGCCACCAUCCAGGCCGUGGAUACACACCCAAGGGGGGAUAUCAGAAUGGCCCCAUGAGAGUGCACAGCAUCUUUAAGGCCAACCAUUCCGAACACUCUCCUCACCACCGCCUCAUGGCCCACGGCUUCUCAGACAAAGCUCCCCGGGACACAGAACCCGUCUCGCAAACCCACAUCAACGAAGUAGCGAGCAGACCUUCCGCGAGCAAAAAUCAUCCGUCGGAUACUAGCGCCACCGUCGUCAACCUCGUCCAUUGGUACCCAUCCACCGGAUACGAUAUCACGAGCGAACAAAUCUUCCGCGAGCCCUUCAACCGCAUCAGAUCUGCGCGCGCAUCUCAUCCCCAGACCUCGAUGCUCGACAAACGACACGGAAGCGCUUCCCUCGUCCGCUUCGACCCGACGCCUCAACUUCCCCAACACGGACCGCGUUCUGCGACUUCGUGCUGCUCAAGAGCGUAA